GCCUGUUUACAGCCUCCCAAGAACUGGGCUUACAGGCGCUGCACCUUUCUAUACUUGGCAUUUCCCCACUUCUACCUUGUCUUUAGGGAUUAUGCAUUUCUGUGUUAGAGGAAGGAUGUAUCUCCCUGUAUGCAUACAUAUCAGAAUUGCUGUUUUAUCUGGAUUGAUGUUUUAUUGUGUGGGUAUCUAAUGUGUCCCUGGGUGUGGUGAUGUGAGGAGUUAGAAAGCUCAGAAAUGGAAACUCUUUUAACGCUCAGAGUAGCAGAUGAAUACAGCUUGCCCAUUUGCAUUUUCCCUUUCACUCUGACUCAUCUUCCCUUCUCUCCACCCCAUUGCCCCUCCACCAGUCUCACCCACUGACACACCCUGUCUGAUCUAGGAAGGGUUAACACUUGCCCACACCCAAGCUAUAACGAGAGGGAAGGCAUUUUAGAUCUGGACAGAGAAAGUAGGUCUGAACAGUUUGGAGCUCUAUAGCCAAAGACAGAAAAGGGAGCCUAAAGGCAUUUGGAUCUAGGAGAGGACCAGGAUCUGAAGGAGAAACCCAGGGAAACCAGACUGUGUCUUUUCACCAGAGCAGCCUACCAGUAUCUGAUUGUAAUUUAUUGUGCAUAUAUGAUAUGCCAGGUACACACCAUAACCACUUUGUCAACAUAUGUUGAAUGAGUCAAAAAUUUACUACAGGAUCAGUGAGAACGCAGAAACAGAAAAAGCAACUGGAGCUUCGUGGGCCUUAUUUUGUUCUCAGAGCAAAGAGUGCUAAAGUGUGAAAAGAGGGGAAAUCUCCAGGGACUUGACCCCUUCGGCAGGAAGUGAAAGAAACUGGAGUCCUGAUUUCAGAGAAAUGUCAUUUGUCAUCAGCCCAAGAAGAGAAAAUUUUCUCUCCAAAGACCACCACAAGCCCUUGCUGGGGUGCCCCCUUCGCAGCCAGGAGGAUCUGAGUCACUCACUCACACACACACAGAAUGGUAUCCCAAAUAACAGGGUUCAUUCCCACACAGCAAAUAAUGCUUCCCAGUACUGAGCCAGGAAAAAGGAGCCAUGCCUUUGCCCCUCCUUUACCCUCUCCUUGCAAUUCAGUUGGUUCCUUUCUUUCUUUUUCUUUUUUUUUUUUUUUUAACUGCUAAGAUAGUAGGAAGAGCUUCCAGCUACUAUAGCUCUACUGCCACCUCUAAUGCCAUGCCAUUUGAAUGGUGCUAUGUACUUAAGAGAAACAACUUUCAUAUUCUUGUCAUUUCAUCAUCAUCCCACCUUCAGAUGAGGUAAGCAGAGUUAUCCUCAUUUCAUGAAUGAGGUAACUGAGGUCAAAGAAGUGACUUGCCUGAGGUGACUUAACUAGAAAAUGGCAGAGAUGAGAUCCAAAUGUUAGUCUGAUUAUUCCAAAGUCCCUGUUGCCAUAGAUUUACUUCUUACACUGAAGGAGUUCAUGAAUGAAGAUGCAGGAAAGACUGGCUGACAGAACAUCUGGGUUCUGGAAACAGGUGUGAUCUCUCCUGCAGGUGUAAAGCAGAGCCAGGGGCAUAAGACCACACCCCCCCGGGGGAACUUGUGGCCGACUGAUACCUGGGACGUCCAAUGGAGGUCUGAGGCCAGAGGCGGGGCUAGCUUCGGGGGAGGGGGCAGGAGUCAGAAGAGCAGUUCAGAGCAUGUGGUUCCAGGAGGCAGCUACUACGGGUGAGUGUUGCUUUUCCCUACCCAAGGCCUUUCUCCCAUUAAACUCUCUUUCUGUCCACUCCCUGCCAAUCUGUAGCCCUCUCUUGAGGCAUCCAAGUAAGUAAGCCUCUGUCCUAGGACUAUGCCUGCUGGGUGCUUAAAUAUUUCAGCUCUUUCUUGCAGUAUCUGGGUUUCUAGUUCUCUUAGAAACAGUGGUGGUUUUGAUAUUCAGUCAAAUCCUGAUUUGUUGGGUUCUUUCUACGUAGUUUUCGGUAUAUAAAAAAAAUACCAUGAAACCAUUUCCUUGGCCUAAUCUUGACAGGAAAAAGCUUCCCUCUGGACAGUUCCCAUUCCCCUAGUUCCUACUUUCUCAGCCACCAAAGGCUUCUCUAAAACCUCUCUUCAUCACUAGGCCAGGAGCCUUCCUGGCUUCUAAAUCUGGCUUUGUAACUCACUAGCUGAGAGUCUUCGGUGUCUUCCAGCUCCUCUGUGAAUGUAUCAGAAGCUUCUACCUCAGGGAGUCGACUGAGUGAUGCCUUAGGUGACUGAAUGCAGCCAUGAGCUGUCUUGCUGCCCUCUGCCUCUUCAGCAUGAUGGGGUCCGUAUGACAGACUGUUGGAGGACCCACUAGAUUUCUAAGUUCUCCCAUGAAGCUAUUUUGCUCUAUGCCUAAAUGCCAGGAUUGACUGGAUUUCAUGGUAACCCCUUUGCCUGAAAUGAAGCUCAGCCUAUUCAGAGGUUUUUCUCUACAAAGGGCUUGGGGAAGUAGAAGUAGCCAUGGCUGCUAUCUUUUAAGCCAUAGGUUGGCAUCUACACUCAUCUUUUUAAAUUCUAUACUAAUACUGCUUGAUAAGUGAACUGCUUGGUCCUUGCUCUGUAAGACUUUGACUUUUAUCUCAUUUCCAUUUUCUAACAUAUCCUUACUGCUGGCUCCUGUUAUGUCUCUGGACAAUGUUUAGUUCCUCUCUUGGGUUACUUUAUUUGCACUGUAUAUUUACUCCAUUCAUGACACAGCUCUAAGACCUGUAACUCACUUUCUUUUCACUUCCACAGGCUUGAGAACAUGCUGUUCCUCCCUCCCCUUUCUGCUAUGGACCCCACAUUGUAGCCUUUCUCUCAGAGUCUCUUUUGAGAUUGGUAUUCAGGCAAGGCACAAUGCCCUUACCCCCCACAAGACUGCUUAGCCCCUAUGGCUCUGAUCGGUUGGUACGGCUUGCAGCCAGGCUACGGCCAGCACUUUGUGAUACUCUGAUCACUGUAGAGGGCCAGGAGUUCCCUGCUCACAGUCUGGUGCUGGCAGGUGUGAGCCAGCAGCUGGGGUGCAGAGGCCAGUGGGUGCUGGUAGAGGGCAUCAGCCAUUCCACUUUUGCCCAGCUGCUGAGCUUUGUUUAUGGGGAGAGUGUAGAAUUACAGCCUGGAGAGCUGGGGCCCCUUGAAGAGGCAGCAAGGGCCUUGGGGGUGCAGGCCCUGGAAGAGGCCUGCAGGAGGGCUAGAAGGGACAAGUCUGAAGAAGAGCUGGAUUCGGAAGAGCUAAGGAAGAAACAUCAGGAGGAGCAGGAAGAACACAUAGGGGAUUCGGAGAGAAGACUGGCAUGCCUCGGAAUGAAGCAAAACUCAACUAAGUUGUUUAGACUUGGUGGGAGAGAACAGAAGUUGUACAAGCACAAGCCACCAAGAGAGAGCUCUGAGAUGGCAGGGGCAACAUGGGAGGCUCAAGGGGAGAUAAGGUCUGAGGAGGAGAAACCCAGGAAAGUUCCUGUUGGCUACAGGAGAGCAGAUGGGAAACAAGUAGUCCUCAGGGUGACAGAGAGCCCAGGGGGCUCUGAGGAAAGCCUGCGGGAGUUCCCUGGUCCCCUUCCCCUACCAAGUUCUCUCCAAACCAGAAUCAUCCCCAGGCCUUGGUGGGCUGAGGCCCCUUGGCUCGGGGAGGGCCAGCCUUCCCUGUGGAGCAUCCUGCUGUGGCCGCCCAGAUAUGGCACUCCUUUUUCCCACAGCACCCCCAUCACUGGAGGCUGGCAGGAGGUCAGGCCUCACAAUCAAAGGUAAGAGUCUAGUGGAAGACCUUCAGGACGGGAAGAAGUAGCCCUGGAGAAGUUGCAGAUAGGUGGAUGUACCACAUCCAUUGUCUCUAUUGUGCAUUUCCUGAACUGAGGAUGGAACAUGAAGUUCCCACCACAGAGAAAGCCAUGGGACAGCUCCCAAAGACUCAGGUCACCUUGUUUCAUGAGAAAGUCUUGACAGAUUUUCAGGUUUUGCCAAGCUAUAAUACUCCCUACUCCCACCCCUAGGACCUCACUGACCCUAAACCACCCCAAAGGGCCCUGGAGUCAGAACCAGUUGGUCUCCUCCAGGCUUGCCCCAGGUUCCCUCCCUCAGGGGCCUGUGCAGCUCAGCCCUGGGGAGAUGGAAGAGUCUGGACAGGGGCCCA